GCGCCGUCGACCGAUAUGGAGAGCGUGCCGCUGCCGCCAGGGCCCCCAGAAGGGGAGGAGAGACCGGCUGACCCGGAGCACGCCGAGCACCACGACGAGGACGCGCAGGACGUGGUGCAGAGCUUCAACAUGGACUACGAGUCGAUGCCGAUGCAUUUCCUGGCGGAAGGCGACGAGCCGCCGGUCAUCAUGAUCCCCGAGCCGGCGGACGACGACGACGAGAACGGGGACCUGCCCAUGGUCAAGAUACGGCGCACCUACGCGUGCACCCAGUGCGACUACCUGACGCAAAACCCGCGCUCCUACCUCACGCACUUGCGCCACGUGCACAACGAGCGCAUGCGCAUCUACGAGUGCCCGCACUGCACGUACGCGUCGCGCCACAGCCAGAAGAUGCACCGCCACGUGUCCAUGGUGCACAACCCGCACCGCGGCGACCGGCGCCGCCCCGGGCCGCCGCCGCGGCAGCGCGACGAGUACUACGUGGACUUCGUGAACGAGCUGCACCGGCGGCAGGAGGUGCGGAGGAAGAGGCAAGAGCUGCACCUGCGCAACCUCGAGUACCGCAUGGAGGACGGAGGGCGCGCCAGGAAAGCGGCGAGAGCGGCGGCCAAGGCGGCUUCCAGAGCGAGAGUCAAGGCGAGAGAGGAAGCCAAAAAGGCCAGCACCCCGGCGACGCCGGUGACGCCGGCGACGCCCGUCCAGAAGCCCGCCGAGACGUCCGCCGAGCGGGCUCCGGACGACGACGACGACGACGAUGAAGACCGGCUGGUCAUCGCCAACUGCGACGACGAGGACGAGAGCGAUCACGACGGACGCCGGUCCGCUUCCGAGGACGUCCGCGACGCUGCGGACGGAGACCUCGACGAGGCCGGCAACCUGGGGGAAGCCGGGGACCUCGGUGAACACGACGUAGAGGUGUUGCCGAGCAGCGUUAAACGCAGCAAGGACAAGCAGGACCGCUACCGGGACAUCCGCAUGGACGUGGACUUGGUGACGGGGCUCUACAGCUGCUCGUCGUGCGACUUCACGUCCAGGACGCCGUCGCUGGUGGCGCGCCACGAGAGCGUGGUGCACCUCAAGAAGCGCUUCUACCGCUGCAACAAGUGCUCGUACGUGACGCACAUGCGGGCACGCUACACCAAGCACUACAAGUACCACACGAUGCCGCUCAUCAAGUGCGACGAGUGCGAGUUCCGCACGCCCUACAAGUGGAACCUGGACCGCCACAUCAAGAAUCACGGCGGCGUCGGCAAGUACAAGUGCCGCGCCUGCAGCUUCUCGUCCGAGAUCCGGCAGAGCCUCACGGUGCACGAGAUGAACCACCACGACCCGCCCGUCGGCCCGCCCACCAACGUGCCGCACCGCCGGCGCCAGAACAAGGUGGGCGCCACGGAGCUCGUCAACGCCGCCCUCAGCGCGCACCUCUACGGGUCGCCGGGCCAGAAGGACGACGCCGACCGCCAGGACCACCAGCACGCAGGCACUCGACACGGCCCGGUUCGCCUCCAACACGAGGGGGUUCGGGUCGCGCCAGCCGCGCCCAAACGCGUCCUGCUUUUGGCCAAGCGGCAGCGCCGGCCAUCGGCCACCGGCACCUCGGUUGCCGCCUCGGCACCUCACAUCCACAUCCCUUGCCUUUGGCAGCCACAGCCAGUGUGCUGGUGCUGGUGCUGCCCGCCGAGUCUGUGUCUGCGGCUGCGCACGCUGCGCACGCUGGCCGAGGCCAAGCUCUGCCGCGUUUCUCCCGCAUCCCGCAUGCAGCCGGAGCUGGUCCUCCAGCAGCGCGGCGACCGGUCCACCAUGCACAAGCCCCAGGCUUCUGGCACCGCAGGUGUGUCCCCGGGAGGCACUCCGCGGCGGGCGGACGCGGAUGCCGCGUCGUCGCCGUCCUCGUCGUCGUCCGGAGUGACGUCGGGCACGUCGGGGCGCCUGCCGCUGUACCAGGUGCUGCGCUGCUCGCUGUGCGACUUCCGGACGCCCUUCUUCGCGGACAUGUCGCGCCACAUGGCGGGCGUGCACGGCAACAGCAAGGGCGUGAGGGUGCCGCCGACGCUGGCACCGGCGCCGCCGUCCUCCGUCCCGCCGUCGACGACGGCAAAGCGCCCCGCCAAGCCGUUGCCGAACCUGAUCCCCAUCCAGGCCGCCGUCCUGCCGCAGGCCCGCACCACGCCCACGCCGACACCGCCGCCGGCAGCCCCAGCAGCGCCAGCGGCCCCAGCGGCCAACGGCACCGCGGUCAACGGCGGCUCCAGCAACGGCGAUGAGGCCGCCGAGACCGCCAAGAAGAAGAACUCGUUCUUCGAUCAGCUGCGGCUGUACCCGGGGAACGUGGAGGGCUCCGAGCUGGUGUGCGUCCACUGCGGCCACGAGGCCAAGAACCUCUCCGAGCUGGUGCGCCACACCAAGCUGCACCAAGGCACAGGCCGAGGCAUCGGCACCUCGACGCGCUGCCAGCACUGCCGGCAGCGGUGCAAGACGAGCGCCGACCUGGCCGUGCACCUCCAGGCGUGCCCCAAGGCCGUGGCCGCGGCCGCUGAGGAAGGUGCGGAGGCAGCGGAGGCCGCCGUCGACAACCUUCCCAAGAUGGACGCGGAGCCUGCCUUCGAGUUCGAGGAAUUCGAACGCAUAUCUGCAGCGAAUGCCAACCCUCUGCCCGUCCGCCUGGCGGAGGACAGCGACGACGACGUCCCGGUGCCCCCCGAUGACAGCGUCCCCAGGGCUCCGGCGGCGCAGAUGGGCGUCGAGACUGGGCCCGGCUACGGCCUGGUCGCCAACCACGCCGAGUGGACCGCCCUGGAAAAUAGCCCCAAAGGAACAACAUUCACCUCGAGGAAGGUGUUCAAAUGUCCACAUUGCACAUUUUGGGCUUCAACUGCUUCAAGAUUUCAUGUUCACAUGGUUGGCCACUUGAAUAAGAAGCCAUUUGCUUGUUCUGUGUGCAAAUAUAGAUCAAAUUGGCGCUGGGACAUAACAAAACACAUUCGACUGAAGGAAGCUCGUGAUCCUUCACAUGCAAAUGCCAAAACUUUAAUGACAGAUGAAACUGGUCGUAGAAACUAUUCAAAAUACAAUUUGGACUUGCUUUGGCUUAGAAUUGCUGAGCCAGAUCCUGAAAAUUUGCACCCGAUGAUGGCUUCUGGUAAAACGGCCUCUGCUUCAGAGGCAGGACCAAGUCCUUCAUCUUCAAAGUCAGCGUCUGGUCUCAUUUCUCCUCUUAAAGCAGCUAUAAGUCUUCUACCUGCCAAGGAAGGGCAAGGCCCAGUUCUUCCUGCUGCAAAGACUGUGACUAUUCUCCCUGCUCCUCCAAAACUAACACGAGCCCCAAUUCAUCGCAUCCAAAAUGCCCGUCGUACAUCAUCACCUGGAGGACUGCUACGCCCACCACCACCUCUUCAAGCUGCUGGAACUCAGAAUUCCAGCCAAGUCGUCACUCCACAGUCAGGUGUGAGGACACAGUCUCAGGGACAGGUUCAAGCUCCGCCUCAACAGCCUCUCAAAAGACCAGCAGACACACCUGUACCCAAGGUUGGCUCUGACCCAAAAAAGCCAAACACCGAUCCGAAAAAGUCAAACACUGACUUAAAGAAAACUGUGUGGAGAUGCAAGCAAUGUUACUUCAGAGAUGGUGAUAGAGCUGUUGUACUUACUCAUGUGAAAGGCCAUUACCGUCAACAACAGGAAGCUGCAUUGGCCAAAGGUAAAAAUGCUUCAAGCAGUUCUCAAGAACCUAAACCACAGGAGCCUCAACAAUCUGUGCUGAAGAAAGCUCCAUUCCGAUGUGACACGUGUCCAUUUGUGUCUGCCUCUGAAUCUUUGAUGCAGUCACAUGUGAGCUGUCACAAGCAAAGGGAUGAUGUCUUCUUCAAAUGUUUCUACUGUCCUUUCUAUGUUGCUACUAAGGAGGAAGUUAUUCAACACAUGACAGUCCAUCAGCAAAGUUCCAAAGGGGAAAGUAGCAGCACCUCUUCUGUCAAGUCAGUGGCAUCAAAAAGCAGUUCUGGUUCACCGUCUUCUAGUCAAGCUGCUUCCAACAAAACAGAAGCUCCACUAAGCAAUGUGCAGGUGAAGAAAGAAGUCGAAUCUGAUCAGGUUACUUCCACUGAUCCUGAGGAAGAAGUUCAAGCCCCUAAUCAAGCUCCGGCACCACCAACCUUAGAUUUUCACAAUGCUACUGAAGCUCCUCUUUGUUGGGUUCAUCGAGAUGGUAAACUUCAAAAAAUGCUGCGAUGCAGAUAUUGUCCUCAUGUCAACUUACGAAGAACUAACAUGCUGGAACAUGAGAAAAUGCACUCAAAACGUUCCCAUCUUUCCUCAGAAGAAAUGAGUGAUAAUCCAACCCAGUACUCGCCUUAUCCAUGCACAGAUUGCAGUUAUGUUUGCAACAAUGCUGGAGUUUUAUCAUCACACAUGAAAGUACAUUUUGGCAGCUAUCCUCAAGCUUAUGCCUUUUAUGACCCUUACAAAAGUGAGCAUUUACAAAUGAAAGAGAUUGUAGACAGAUUCAGUCUUAAAAUGAAAUCAGAUGAUUCAUCUCAGAAGUCUGCUCCUCCUAAAGAUCCAGUUGACACUGGUAAUGAGAACAAAUUAAGUGGAAUUAAUGUCAUGAGCUUGUUGGAUCCAAAUCAGUCUCUAACUGAUGCUGUUUUGGCAAUGAAGAAGAAAUUUAAUUUGGAGUUAGAUGGUGAACCAUUUGCUGAGCCUGUAGAAGAUUCGGCAGAAUCACCACCAUGUUCUCCACUAAAACAAUUAAAUGAUGGGGCUGACCCAAAUGCAUCAGAAAUGCAUGAAGAAAAACAGCUUCACUUUUGUGUGCAGUGCCCAGCUAGAUUCUUGUUCCGAAAGGAAUUAGGAAUUCAUUCUCGUUUUCACAAUUUGUACUUGAUCCACAAAUGUGACCAUUGCUCAUACACUGCGAGGCAACGACCACAUUUGCAAGCUCACUCCAAAGUGCAUUCUGAUGAUUACCAAGAUAGGACAAAUGCUCUCUUGAAGAUGUACAGUGUCAACAAAGAGUACCCUAAACCUCGAGUUGUGUGUGUCAAUCUGAAGGCUGGGGUUCCUGGGACCCUCUGGAUUGUAGUCAAUACUGACUUUCGGGAAGCACCUCCUCCAACAGCCAACUUCGUGUGUGGGAAAUGCCCCGCUUCAUUUUUCAAGAAUGAUGCUUAUCAAGCGCAUCUUGCCCUGCAUGGCAGUAACAAUGCACACAAAUGUCCCAUUUGUGACUAUGCUGUGAGAACAUACGGCAAUCUUAUCAAGCAUGUGAUCGCACAUGGCUGUAGAGCAAGUGUGGCUAAGAAAAUUCUUCAGGGUCGAAUGGCAGUCCCUGAAUCUUUGCGUCCUCCUCCAAGUACUGAAACCUCUAAUGUAGUUGUGCCCAAAGAAGAACCUCAGUCCUUUGACAGUGAAGAACAGGGAGACCAAAGUCAAAGUCAAUCUUCGAGAAGUAAUGAUGUGAUAGAUGGGGAGCAUGAAGGGAGAGAUGAUUGCAGUAUGGAUGUAGAUGGAAGAGAUGAGUCGGGUGUUGAAAAGAACACUGACGACAGAGACAGAGAGAGCACUGCCUCUAAAUCACCUCAAAGUUCUAGUUUUACUUCAGGAUGUCCAGACUUUGUGUACCCUACCUACUGCAGAAAUGGACGAGUUAAAGUGAAAAGGUUCAAAUGCCAGAAAUGUCCCUCUGCUUUUGAGAAAAAGGACCAGUACCUUGUUCAUGUGAGUCUACAUGGUUCAAAGCAGAAGUACAAAUGUACCAAAUGUGAUUACUCUGUGAAGUUCUUUGCAAAUCAUAUUCAACACUUACGUAGGCAUCAAAUAAGUGAAGAUGCUAAGAGUAAGGAUGAUUCUGAGCCACAGACUGCAGAAAAUGAGGAAUUUAUUCCAGAGGAUACUGAAAACAUCCCAUCUCCUUCUCCACCAUCUCCCACUCGUUCUGCCAAAACCACUGGAGGGAAAGGGGAGAAACUCUCAGUGGCUGACAAACAAGCUAUUAUGGUACUGCAGCAAAGACGGGCCAAAAGAGCUGCUAUCUCCAGAGAAUCUUUGGAUAAGAAUUACUGGUGCUCUCACUGCCCUUAUUCUAGUGUUCGUAGAGAUCAAGUUGAAAGCCACAUGAGGCGACACAUUGCAGUGUCUGGAGUGCGUCAUGCGUAUGUCUGUGACCAUUGCGAUUACUCUGUUCCUAUCAAGCACUUCUUGCGUGAUCACUCUAAAUUGCAUUUUGAUGUCAGCAAAGCUCCUAGGCCGGAUGCAUACAUGAUAUGUGACGGGCUUGAACUUUGGGCUAGUUCUGGCUUCACUGGUAAAAAUAAAUCAAAAGGAAAGGUGCUAAUAUUCCAAGACAAAGGAGCCAAUUUAGCUACUGACCGAUUUUUACCCCCAUUAUCUUGUGAGGAAGAUGAGGAUAGUAAUGGUUCAGUAGAGAAGAUUUUUGUAAAUCCAAGAACAUUUGAGUCAGAAAAUGUCAAUGAAGUAGGUACCAAAGAAGCCAUGGACACAUCUGGUGAGGUAGAAAAUGAAGAGGAUGGAGAUUCAGACUCAAGACGGAGUGAGAAAUCAAAUGAUGGUGCUGAAAAUGAAGAUGGUGAAGAGAUUGCAGCGUCUGCAAGCUGUAGUUUGUCUCUAACUUCUGAAAACAAAGCAAGUCGCUCAUGUAGUCCUCAGUCAGUUAAAUCUAUGGAGAACUAAUCUGUGUUAAGGCAGAAAUAAUUGUGCAGAUCAACAGGCCUGAUUAUUGUGUUGCCACUAUCAUGGUUGAUAACUUAUCAUUCUAUGGCUGUGUGACUGGAGUUGAACUUUCCCCUUGACUGAUAGUUUAAAUUGUAGAAAAUGUGCUCUGUGGAGUCUGCUGCGACAGUGUGCCAUUGAUGUGGAAGACCUUUCACCUCAGCCGUUACUUGGCUUUGUUUUCCUCUUGUAACUUUAGAUUUUGGUGAGAAUUUUAUGCAGCUACAAAAGGAAAACAAAGCCAAUGAGUAGGAUAGAGGGCCUUUGAUUUCUUCAGUGGGUCUGUAGUCGUCAUUAGAAAAUCUUCAUAUCCUGUUCUUUUUCUGUGCUAAUUUACUCUUUAUUCUUGUGUUACCACAUUUGGUUUAGUCCUUUUUUUUUAAAUUUAAAAAUCUUAUUGUUAAGUCAAUCUUGUAAGAGUAUUCAUUUUUGUUGUUGCUUGUGUAGAUACAAUAUUAAUCUGUUGAUAUCAACUUUUGGCUUUGAUAGGUGUAUUGCGUUGUAUUAAAAAUAAUAACAGUUUGUGAAGCAAAACACUUUUCUCACCUUUUUUUAACGUAUCACUGUACCUGAGCCAUCCCAAUUUGGGAUGGGAAAUUUUUAGGUUUUAAUAGGUUGGUCUUAAUCUUUCAGCUUUCUGUUGGUUUGAAUCAUCAUGCAGGGACUGAAGCCUGCAGUCUUAACGGUUUGAGUGAUAGUCCAUUUCAUACCAAUAGAAGAUGUGAUAAUAAUGCUAGUCAUGAGUUAUGUUAUCACAAGUGGUAAUUCUAAUGUUAACAGCUUUCUGUGAAGAAGCAAAAAUUAUGGAUGAAAAUUAUGCUGUAAUAUUUGACCCUGUGUUGUAAAUAAACUUUAAUUGGAAACAAAUUCCAAUACAAUAAACCAAUCGUUUCUUAUGCAAA